UUUAAGCCAUGAGAGACGACAGACAACGAUUCCAGCUCACAGCAGUGGCAAUAGUUUUCAUAUUGGCUUUACAGUGCUGUGUUGCCCUACCUUUUGGCUCUGGUUCUGGCAAUGAUAUAGAUAUCGAUGGAAACAACUACAACGCGAGUGGAGGAAGGCCCGUGGACUAUCACACGGUUGUGGGCCACUUCAAGGACUUCUUCAUGUACCUUCCCGUUAUGAUGACUACCAUUAAGGAGACCAUGUCAGGAUUUCCCAAAUUCGCCGAGGGUAUGCGCAUCCUGACCUCCGGAAAAGGACGUGCCGAUGGCGAGGACUGUAAGUGCAGCCAAAGCGGAUUGACGAGUAGUGAAAUAUUGGAUUCAAAUGGACGAUUCGGUCGAUCCUAGCCGGGAGCUGAGCCAGCACAACUGUAGAUACUGUAUAUAUAGACAAAAGAAAUGUGAAAAAGAAAAAAAGUUAUUAAAAAAUGUGUAACAAAGAAUAAUGUGAGGGUUUUUU